CAGGUCGGGGAGCAGACGGGCGGGCGCGCCCAGGGCGCACGGCAUUGGCAGCAGAAACAGCGGGCGGGGACCCCGAGUCCUGCGCCAGGAGGUCUUGGGGCCUGGGGUGUCGUAGUCCCACCCCUGUCCGACCCCUCUGUUCCCCACCCCCAGAUGCGCCCUUCCUGCUCAGUCGACUGGGUCCCGCACCCUCAGGCGCUGGGUGCGGGGGCUCAGCGCUUCCCCUGCCCUCCCCACCCUGGGAAGGGCGGCGGGAGCACCCAGCACUCUGUCCCGCUGCCGGCCACUACUCGUCGCUCUCCCCAAGGGGCCCACGUGCAGCACCGCGGGGACACCCCAGAGGCCUGGCGCUGUGGGUGGCCCUGCUUGUCCCCUGUGGAGGGCCCCAGCUCCCCAGGACUCCCCAGCGGCAUCCCCUCCGCCUGGGUGUCCCUGGGAGGGGGUGUGUGGCCCUGGCACCCCACCUGGUCUGCUCUUUUGUGGGGCCCACACUUGUCACUUUGACCCGCAGGGAGGGCGGGUCACUGCCCUGCCCUGUUCUCACCUCUCAGCGGCCUCCGAGGCCCCCACCCUGAACCGACUGGCCCCCUGAUGUCUGGGCGCUCGCAUCUUCGAGGACCGGCCCUGGCUGUGUCUGGGUCCUUCGGAGCCGGGGCCCUACUGCUCUGACCAGAAGCCCCCACAAGGACCCCUCUGCCUGGCAGUGGGGCCCCAGCCUGAUGUGGUGGGUGGGUGGCCGCACACAGGCAUGUGCCCCACCCCGCCGCACUGCCCCCACCUCCUGCUGCUGCUGCUGCUGCUGCUGGCUUGCCAGCCACAGGCCCCAUCUGCGCAGGUGAUGGACUUCCUGUUUGAGAAGUGGAAGCUCUACGGUGACCAGUGUCUCUCCAACCUGAGCCUGCUGCCCCCACCCACGGAGCUGGUCUGUAAUAGAACCUUUGACAAGUAUGCCUGCUGGCCGGACACCCCUGCCAACACCACGGCCAACACAUCCUGCCCCUGGUACUUGCCCUGGCACCCCAAAGUGCAGCACCGCCUCGUCUUCAAGAAGUGCGGGCCCGACGGGCAGUGGGUGCGCGGGCCCCAGGGGCAGUCCUGGCGCAACGCAUCUCAGUGCCAGAUGGACGAGCACGAGCUCGAGGGCCAGAAGGAGGCGGCCGAGAUGUACAGUGGCCUUCAGGUGAUGUACACAGUGGGGUACUCUCUGUCCCUGGGGGCGCUGCUGCUGGCCCUGGCUCUCCUGCUGGGCCUCAGCCAGCUCCGCUGCACCCGGAACUACAUCCACGCAAACCUGUUUGCGUCCUUCGUGCUCAAGGCCAGUUCCGUGCUGGUCAUUGAUGCGCUGCUCAAGACACGGUACAGCCAGAAGAUCGGGGACGACCUCCGCGUGAGCAUCUGGCUGAGUGACGGGGCGGUGGCCGGCUGCCGGGUGGCCGCAGUGUUCAUGCAGUACGGCGUGGUGGCCAACUACAGCUGGCUGUUGGUGGAGGGCGUGUACCUGCACAGCCUGCUGGGCCUCGCCGCCCUCCCGGACAGGAGCUUCUUCACCCUCUACCUGGGCAUCGGCUGGGGCGCCCCCAUGCUCUUUGUCAUCCCCUGGGCCGUGGUCAAGUGCCUGUUCGAGAACAUCCAGUGCUGGACCCGCAACGACAACAUGGCCUUCUGGUGGAUCCUGCGCUUCCCUGUGUUCCUGGCGAUCCUGAUCAACUUCUUCAUCUUCAUCCGCAUCCUUCUCAUCCUCACGGCCAAACUGCGAGCCCGCCAGAUGCGCUACACAGACUACAAGUUCCGGUGGGUGCGGGCAGCCAGCAGAGCCCGAGACCCCCCCCCACCCCGCCACCGCAGGGGCCAGGAGGGGCGGGGCGGGGGCGGGCCAGGGGCCCCCCAGCGGGCGGGGCUAGGCCCCGUGGCUCAGACUCCCACCCACAGGCUGGCGAAGUCUACGUUGACCCUCAUCCCCCUGCUGGGGGUCCAUGAAGUGGUAUUUGCCUUCGUGACCGAUGAGCACGCCCAGGGGACCCUGCGCUCUGCCAAGCUCUUCUUCGACCUCUUCCUCAGCUCCUUCCAGGGCCUGCUGGUGGCUGUUCUGUACUGUUUCCUCAAUAAGGAGGUGCAGUCAGAGCUGCUGCGGCGCUGGAACCGCUGGCGUGCCGGUCGCUCGCUGCAGGAAGAACGCCACACCAGCAGGCUCGGACCCCUAGUCUGGCCCACUGGCGACCCCCCCAGCGAGAAGCCACUGCUCUCCAGGUCCGGGGGCAGCAGCAAUGAGACUGGCCGGGACCCCUCUGCAGACCCCUGCCUGGUCAGCAGCCUCCCCGGGCUGGCCGAGAGCCCCUUCUAAAGCUCCAGGAGGCCCCAGGAGGCCCAGCUGGGGCUGGACUCAGGGGCUGAGAGAGGGCACUGCUGGACCACGCAGAGCCAGAUGCCCAGCUGCGGCAGGAGGGCUGGGAGCCGUGGUGGCUUCGCUGCCCACCGUCCACAGUGGGGUGGUCGGAGGGCUCCCUGCACACCUGCUCUGUGCUGCGGUGGGGCACGUGCUGUGAGGAGCCCUGCCAGGCGGGCCGAGCUCAAGGAAACGUGUAUUCUCCGACAAUAAAGUGUCCAAGCCGGUGCUGCCUGGCACACCCAGGA